AUGGGGACCAUUUUCUUUGUAGACGAAGCUGAGUUUAUACCGAGUAACCGCGGCAAGGGUCAGGUGCUGGUGUACAGGGGGUACACGUUCGCCAACAUGAACAACAAGACCCGAUGGUACUGCUCCAAGAAAGCCGCCGGCUGCAAAGUGAGGCUCCUGACCACGCCCGAGGGUCGCGUGAUAGAGUCCCUAUACGAGCACAGGCACGACCCGCCAAACUUGUUCCGUGCCGCCGAUGGAAGGAUUUAUAGAGUU